GGAGGGUGCGGCUGGGCGGCCGAGGGUGGCGCUGGUUCCCGGAGUGCCCUCGUCCUCGCGCGCCCCGACGGUGCUCAGACGGCGCCCAUCCAGGCUGCGGUGAGCCGAGCGGCGGCGAGAUGUGGGCGCUGCUGGCCGCCGGCGUAGCGCUGGUCGUGGUCACCGGGGCGCAGGACAACCCGGUGCCCGGCAGCCGCUUCGUGUGCACCGCGCUGCCCCCGGAGGCGGCGCGGCCCGGCUGCCCGCUGCCCGCGAUGCCCAUGCAGGGCGGCGCGCUGAGCCCCGAGGAGGAGCUGCGGGCGGCCGUGCUGCAGCUGCGAGAGACCGUGGUGCAGCAGAAGGAGACGCUGGGCGCCCAGCGCGAGGCCAUCCGCGAGCUGACGGGCAAGCUGGCGCGCUGCGAGGGGCUGGCGGGCGGCCGGGCGCGGGGCUCGGGCAAGGACACCAUGGGCGACCUGCCGCGGGACCCCGGCCACGUCGUGGAGCAGCUCGGCCGCUCGCUGCAGACGCUCAAGGACCGGCUGGAGAGCCUGGAGCACCAGCUCCAUACCAACGUGUCUACCGCCGGCCUGCCCAGCGACGUGCGCGAGGUGCUCCAGCGGCGGCUGGGGGAGCUGGAGCGGCAGCUGCUCCGCAAGGUGGCCGAGCUGGAGGACGAGAAGUCGCUGCUGCACAACGAGACAUCUGCUCACCGGCAGAGAACAGAGAGCACGCUGAACGCGCUUCUGCACCGGGUGAGCGAGCUGGAGCGAGGCAACAGUGCAUUCAAGUCUCCGGACGCCUUCAAGGUGUCCCUCCCUCUCCGCACCAACUACCUGUAUGGGAAGAUCAAGAAGACGCUGCCCGAGCUGUACGCCUUCACCAUCUGCCUGUGGCUGCGGUCCAGCGCCUCGCCGGGCAUCGGCACCCCGUUCUCCUAUGCCGUGCCCGGGCAGGCCAAUGAGAUCGUGCUGAUUGAGUGGGGUAACAACCCCAUCGAGCUGCUCAUUAAUGACAAGGUCGCACAGCUGCCCCUGUUUGUCAGUGAUGGCAAGUGGCACCACAUUUGCGUGACCUGGACGACAAGGGACGGCCUGUGGGAAGCCUUCCAGGAUGGAGAGAAGCUGGGCACCGGGGAGAACCUGGCACCCUGGCACCCCAUCAAGCCCGGGGGCGUGCUCAUCCUCGGGCAGGAGCAGGACACUGUGGGGGGCAGGUUCGAUGCCACACAAGCAUUUGUGGGGGAGCUCAGCCAGUUCAACAUCUGGGACCGAGUCCUGCGUGCCCAAGAAAUCAUCAACAUUGCCAACUGCUCCACCAACAUGCCAGGCAACGUCAUCCCCUGGGUGGACAACAAUGUCCAUGUGUUUGGGGGGGCUUCCAAGUGGCCCGUGGAGACAUGUGAGGAGCGUCUCCUGGACUUGUAGCCACCCCAAGGUCCCCGAAGGCCAGGCUCAGUCAGUCCUGGUGGGGGUGGAGGUGUUCCAGGCCACCCCCUCUCUUGUUAAAAACUGUGAAACCUCUCACCCCAGAGUGGGACCCCAAAGUUCAUUGUGGGAACUUAACACUGAGGCUGGGUGAUAGCCUUGGCUCAAUCUUUCCUUCCCACCAUUUUGGGUUUUGUUGGGGGUGGGGUUGUCAGUGCCACCUUCCUUUGGGAGGAAGCCCCCAGACUCAAGUGGGUCAGCAGCUGGCUUCCUGCCGGGAGUGGAUUGAAGCCAGUGAGCUUCUCUCCCCACAACCCCCUGUAAAUGCUCAUGAAGCCCAGCCCUGCCCUUGCUGUCUUGAUCUUUGGUGUCCCGUGUAUGCCUUCUGUCUGUCCCCUUUCGUGACUGUGUGCCUGGCAGUGUCCUGUACGUGCACAGCAUCCCUGCUGCCCAUCAUGCACGUGCUGUGCAGGGAACACGGUCUGCAGAAGGACCCCCGCCCUUCCCACCCUGUAUCCUGUAACCUUUAUGUCUUGAGCAUGUGCCAGUGUGGGGGGAAGCAGCUGGCCCUAUGUAGAGGACCCAGGAGUACAGAGGGGCAGUGACAGCUGCCAUUCUUCCUGUCUGCCCCCCUCUCCCCGAGACCAAACACACACUUUGAUGGACUUGUCACUAGGUUGGUUCAAGUCCACUCUUCUCAUCUGGUGCCAAAAGUUCAUUUGUAGCCUUUCUGUCCACUCAGUGUGUUUGAGGGGAUUCCUGUCCUGGCCACCAUAAGGCUCCCGUUCCUCCAUGUUCCUCCCAUUUCUGAUCCAUGUUGAUUCCUGUGAGCAUCCUAUAGUCCCCCCUGACUCUGUCCCCCAGAACUCCUGAGGACAUUGGAUGUCAUUUGGCCAAUGUUGGCCUAGUGGCUCCAGGCUGCACCACAAAUUGUAAUUUAUUUUACAGAGAAAGUAAGUGAUGUGGUGGGAAGGGGGGGAAUUUAUAAAGCUGAAUAUUAUAUAUUUUAUUUUUUCAUACCCAUUGGAAGCACAAAGUCCACGGACGUGCCCAUCCUGACAUUGUGCCACAGAGCACGCCUGUGAUGAUGGAUGCUAAUUAAAGUGCAUUGAAGAUGC